AUGGAGAUUUUGCAGGCUACUUUCUUGUUGUUUGUGUUUGUACCUUUGGUAAAUCCAGCACCACCUCUACAGCAAGAAUCACUACAGUUUUAUGAGUAUGAUACAGAUGUUUCCAUGGGAAGCCUGACCCAACAAGAUUAUGAAAUGCAAUCCAAGGAUAUAAGAAAGGAUGGAACAAACGUUUCUCUGGACACUUCCCUAAUGCUGCAAAGUGAUGACAGCCAACUCGAUGUCCCACCAACAAAGGACACAAACCUGCCCACGUGCUUGCUGUGCGUGUGCCUGAGCGGCUCCGUGUACUGCGAGGAGAUCGACAUCGAGGCCGUGCCCCCCCUGCCCAAGGAAACCGCCUAUCUGUACGCCCGCUUCAACAAGAUCAAAAGGAUUGCAGCCUCGGACUUUGCUGACAUCACCACCUUGAGAAGAAUUGAUUUUAGUGGAAAUAGAAUAGAAGAAAUAGAAGAUGGAGCCUUUUCAAAGCUUCUGCUGUUGGAAGAACUUUCUCUUGCUGAAAAUCGACUUGUAAAACUUCCUGUUCUACCUCCCAAACUAACAACAUUUAAUGCAAACCAAAACAGAAUCAAGAGCAGAGGAAUCAAAGCAAAUGCUUUUAAGAAGCUCACUAAUCUGGCCUACCUCUACUUAGGACACAACGCACUGGAAUCUGUUCCCCUGAACUUACCGGAGAGUCUGCGCAUUCUUCAUCUUCAGUACAACAACAUCACCACCAUCACGGACGACACGUUCUGCAAGUCCAACAACACGCGCUACAUCCGCACGCGCAUGGACGAGAUAAGGAUGGAGGGCAACCCCAUCAUCCUGGCCAAGCACGUCAACGCCUUCUCCUGCCUCAGGAUGCUGCCCGUGGGAACAUAUUACUAG